AUGGCACCUAUUUCUUUUCAUAGUUUCAGCUUUUUUUUCCUUUCUUCUCUGUCCCCUCUUUCCCUGCUUUCUUCUUUGUCGUUUCUUUGUCUCCUCUUUCUUUUCUUUCAUUUUUUCACUCUUUGCUCUUUUUCAUUUUUUCCAUUCUUUCUUCCAUUUCUACUCUUUGCUCUUUCUUUCUUUCCACACUUUUUUCUCUUUCAUUGUUUACACAGAUUCUUCUCUUUCAUUCUUUCCUCUCUUUCUUUCCUUCCUUUCUUUUCUUCCAUUCUUUUCUCUUUUUCAUUCUUUCCUUUCAUUCUUUCUUCUCAUUCUUCUCUUUCCUCUCUUUCAUUCUUUUCUCACUUUCUUCUCUUUCAUCCAUUUUCUUUCAUUUUUUUUCUAAUCUUCUCUUUAAUUUAUCCUCUUUCUUUUCUUUCAUUCUUUUUUUCUCUUUCAUUCUUUUCCUUCUUUCCUCUCUAUAUUCAUUUGCAUUUAUUCCUCCUUUUCUUUCAUUCUUCUCUUUCUUCUCUUUUAUUCAUUCAUCUCUUCUCUUUUCUUCAUUCAUCUUUCUUCUGUUUCAUUUUUUCCACUCUUUCUUCUCUUUCAUUCUUUCCUCUCUUUCUUUUCUUUCAUUUUUCCCUCUCUUUCUUUUCUUUCAUUCUUUGCUCUCUUUCUUCUCUUUCAUUCUUUCUUCUCUUUCAUUCAUUCCUCUUUCAUUUUUCGCUUUCUUCUCUUUUAUUCAUUUCUCUAUUUCUUUUGUUUCAUUCUUUCCCUUCUUUCCUCUCUCUUCUUUUUCAUUCUUUCCUCCCUUUCUUUCCUUUCACUCUCUCUUCUCUUUCUCUUUCAUUCUUCCCUCUCUUUCUUUUCUUUCAUUUUUCCCUCUCUUUCUUUCCCCUCUGUCUUCUCUUUCAUUCUUUCCUCCUUUUAUUUCCUUUCAUUUUUUCUUCUCUUUCAUUCUUUCCUCUCUUUUUUUGUUUCUUACUUCUUAAUUUUGACUCAUUUUAUUAUUUUCCCUUGCAUUUCUCAUCUGUUUUUCUUUCUUUCUUCAGAACUUUGCCCAUCUUUGCCCUUUCCUUUUUUUUUUUCUUCAGAUCUUUGCCCUUUCCUUUUUUUUUUUUCAGAUCUUUGCCCUUUCCUUUUUUUUUUCUUCAGAUCUUUGCCCUUUCCUUUUUUUUUUCUUCAGAUCUUUGCCCUUUCCUUUUUUUUUUUUUUCUUCAGAUCUUUUCCUUUUUUUUUUUCUUCAGAUCUUUGCCCUUUUUUUUUUUUUUUUCAGAUCUUUGCCCUUUUUUUUUUUUUUUCUCAGAUCUUUGCCCUUUGCUUUUUUUUUUUUUUUUCAGAUCUUUGCCCUUUGCUUUUUUUUUUUUUUCAGAUCUUUGCCCUUUUGCUUUUUUUUUUUUUUUCAGAUCUUUUGCCUUUUUUUUUUUUUUCUUCAGAUCUUUGCCCUUUCCUUAUUUUUUUUUUUCUUCAGAUCUUUGCCUGUUCCUUUAUUUUUUUUUCUUCAGAUCUUUGGCCUUUCCUUAUUUUUUUUUUUCAGAUCUUUGCCCUUUGCUUUUUUUUUUUUUUUUCAGAUCUUUGCCCUUUCCUUAUUUUUUUUUUCAUAUCUUUGCUUUCCCCCUUUUUUUUUUUUUUUCUUCAUAUCUUUGCCCUUUUUUUUUUUUUUUUCUUCAGAUCUUUGCCCUUUGCUUUUUUUUCUUCAGAUCUUUGCCCUUUGCUUUUUUUUUCUUCAGAUCUUUGCCCUUUGCUUUUUUUUUUUUUUCAGAUCUUUGCCCUUUGCUUUUUUUUUUCUUCAGAUCUUUGCCCCUUUCCUUUUUUUUUUCUUCAGAUCUUUUUUUUUUUUUUUUUUUUUUUUCAGAUCUUUGCCCUUUCCUUUAUUUUUUUCUUCAGAUCUUUGCCCUUUCCUUAUUUUUUUUUUUCUUCAGAUCUUUUUUCCUUUCCUUUUUUUCUUCAGAUCUGUGCCCUUUCCUUUUUUUUUUUUCUUCAGAUCUUUGCCCUUUCCUUAUUUUUUUUCUCUUAUCUUUUUGCUCUUUCCUUAUUUUUUUUUCAUAUCUUUUUUGCUCUUUCCUUAUUUUUUUUUCUUCAUAUCUUUGCCCUUUCCUUUUUUUUUUUUUUCAGAUCUUUUGCCUUUUUUUUUUUUUUUUUUUCUUCAGAUCUUUGCCCUUUCCUUAUUUUUUUUUUCUUCAGAUCUUUGCCCUUUCCUUAUUUUUUUCUUCAGAUCUUUGCCCUUUCCUUAUUUUUUUCUUCAGAUCUUUGCCCUUUCCUUUUUUUUUCUUCAGAUCUUUGCCCUUUGCUUUUUUCUUUGUUUCUUUCUUUUUGCUGUUAAUUUUUUCCUAUCUGUAUCAUCUUUUAAUCUUAUUCCUCCAAUUUCAGUGUCUUUAA